CCCACAAAAAUUGAAAAAUGCUCUCUUUGUGUCGCUCUCUCUUCCUGAAGUUUCCACUCGCUUGUUUACCCCUUUUCCCAUGGCGACCACUCCUCCGGCCAUACUCCAUAAUUUGCCUAUCCCUCUCCCCAAUCGCCACCAUCCAAAACUAUCCUCCUUUACUUGUCGAAGUUCAUUUGCGUAUACGCAUAAAGCAUCCGCUUUGGCUUUCCUUGGGGUCCGAGCCUUAUGUAGACCGCCCCGUUCUCAAAAAUCGGCCUCACCCAUUGGAGCUUUUGGACUCAACUCCAGGUUCUUGCAAAUGGGUUCUCCGGAAACUUCGUCCAGUAGAGAAAUUUCAACGAAAUCCGUCGGCGCAGAAAGCGGUGGAACUUCCACGGUCUCUCAAACAGUGUUUGGGAUUGCGCAUUUGGUUGUUUCGCUUGGGAUUAUAUUGGCCACGGAUAAGCUUUUGAAAGCGGCGUUUGUGGCUGCCGCUAUUAAGUUCCCGAGUGCGCUAUUUGGGAUGUUCUGUAUAUUCUCUGUUCUUGUUAUUCUCGAUUCCACUGUCCCAGCUGCGGCGACUGGUUUGAUGAACUUCUUUGAGCCUGCUCUCAUCUUCAUUCAGAGAUGGCUACCGUUGUUCUAUGUUCCGUCUUUGGUUGUUUUGCCGCUUUCUGUUAGAGAUAUUCCAGCUGCUUCCGGCAUCAAGAUCUGUUUCAUUAUAGUGGGAGGCUGGCUGGCUACACUUUCUGUUGCGGGUUAUACAGCAAUAGCUGUAAGAAAAAUUGUAAAGACAGAAAUGACAGAUGCAGAGCCUAUGGCGAAACCAUCUCCCUUUUCUCCCAUUGAAGUGUGGACUUGGACUGGUAUUUUCCUUAUAUCAUUUGUGGCUGCAUUGGUGUACCCAACAAUAUUGGGGACAGGUGCACGAACAUGCCUUCCUUUCCUACUUGCAUCAACGGUGUUAGGCUACAUGGUUGGUUCUAGAUUGCCAUCAGAUGUGAAGAAAGUUUUUCAUCCAAUUAUUUGCUGUGCAGUAUCUGCAGAUCUGGCUGCAAUGGCUUUUGGGUACCUUUCCCAGUCUGGGCUUGAUCCUAUUCUAGGACAUUACCUUACAAAGGUGUCUUCUAAUCCUGGGGCUGGUGAUGUCUUAAUGGGAUUUUUGGGAUCUGUUAUACUCUCUUUUGCCUUCUCUAUGUUCAAACAGAGAAAGCUCGUUAAGAGGCAUGCAGCCGAGAUUUUCACGUCAGUCAUUCUCUCAACAAUAUUCUCAUUGUAUUCAACUGCUCUUGUUGGACGCCUUGUUGGGCUAGAACCAUCUUUGACUGUAUCAAUUCUACCCAGAUGCAUAACUGUGGCAUUAGCCCUCAGCAUUGUGUCUUUGUUUGAAGGUACCAAUUCAUCUCUCACAGCCGCAGUAGUUGUAGUAACUGGUUUAGUUGGAGCAAAUUUUGUGCAAGCAACGCUUGAUAAACUACGGUUUCGUGAUCCUAUCGCUCGAGGGAUAGCAACUGCAUCCAGUGCUCAUGGAUUGGGAACAGCAGCAUUGUCAGCCAAGGAGCCUGAGGCUCUCCCAUUUUGUGCCAUUGCUUAUGCUCUGAAUGGUAUAUUUGGAUCUCUUCUUUGCUCAGUUCCGGCUAUCAGGCAAAGCUUAAUUGCAGUAGUUGGCUAAAGCAAUCAGCAGUUGAAUAACAUAUCUUUGAUUAAAAUUCUAUUCUUUCCAUGAGAUUGUAAAGAGAAUAAACAGCCCAUCAUAUUGACAACUAUAUGCCUGCAUGGUGUACAGAAGUUGAUUUUAAGAAGUUUGCACAUCGAGGCAUCACAUAGUUCAGGAA